GAUCAAUGAAUGCUUAGAAAUGCGGCGCUGAAUAAUGUCAAAUUGAUAGCCUCAAGCUCGGAAGAUACGGUAUAAGAAGGUGGAGUUCGUUGCUUAGCAUCAUCGCAUCACAGUUCGUCGAUUCAGUUGUGUAGCAGCAUUCUCGGCCUUCUCAAUUGCUCAACAUUACUUCUCCAAGAUCAAUCUCUCACAAAUUAACAUGGCGUCUACCAAGGUUCUUAUCACUGGUGUGACAGGAUUUAUCGGGGGAUCUGUGCUGAGCACCUUACUCGAAACCCAAUUUGCAUCUCUCAAGAAUAUUAAGCUUGCGGGAGUGGUUCGCGGCGAAAAUAAUGCCUCGGUACUAAAAAGCAAGGGUAUUCAGCCCGAGAUUAUCCAGGGCAUUGAGGAUUUGGGCCUGCUUCGCAAGAUUGCAAGAGAAUACGAUGUCAUCAUCAAUUCUGCCUUCGCAUUUCAAACCGAAGCCGCGAAGGCCCUUCUUCGCGGUCUCGGUGACCGAAGCAAGCAGACUGGAAAGCAGCUGCAUUUCAUUCAGGAAACUGGAACUUCCAACAUUGCCGACCGCCCCAUAACCGGUACAUACCACGAAGACCGCGUCUUCUCCGACAAGGACGACAUCUACAGCUAUCUAGAGGAGCGCAACGCAGCAGAAGAGUACGCGCAACGAACCACCAAUAUCGUGAUCCCUCAACUAGGCCUCGAACUCGGCGUCAAAACGUACAUAAUCCAAUCACCAACGAUCUACGGAAUCGGGACUGGCUUCUUCCGCAAGACUUCCAUUCAAAUACCAGUCUUGACACGUGCGGCUAUCAAAGCCGGUCAAGCGUUGCUGCUUGGCGAUGGGAAGGCGGUAUGGGAUUAUAUCCACAUUGCCGACCUGUCGACGAUGUUUGAGUUCUUGCUUGCGAAGAUCUUGGAUGGAGAUAGGAUUCCGUCAGGCAAAGAGGGGAUGUAUUUCUCAGAGACGGGGCGUUAUGCUUGGAGAGAUCUUAUGCAAGGAAUUGCGGAUGCUGGAAAGGACCUGGGGGUCCUCAAAACUAAUGAGCUUAAGCCGAUUACCUUGGAAGAGGGUGUUCAGGUAGGAUAUGGAUCGAGUGCUCCGUUUGUUGAGCUGGCAUAUGCUUCCAAUUCGCGGAGCAGAGCCCAUAAAAUCAGGGAGCUGGGCUGGAAACCUCAAAAGACUGAAGAGGAUUUCCAGAAGAACUUCCGCGACGAUUUCGUCGCCGUGUUGAUCCAACAGUAGAUUAGUUCUGCAUUUCACACCUAGCAUGCUGUUUUGUCAAGAUUAGAGUUACCAUUUCAGGCCACCUGUUCAGGCCCCCAGCCUAAGAGGUCCUUCGCUCGGCAAUCAAGGCAGCAGUAUUAUACCUGCUGAGUACCACGUCUCUUGAAUAAUAAUCACAU